AUGGCCGGAGCCCGGGCGCUGCUUCGGGGGGCUCUGUUGCUGCUGCUGCUGCCGCCGCCCUUCCUCUGCAGCCUCCCCGUCGAGGGCCAGGCCGAGGGCGAGGCCGAGGGCGCUGCCGCCGCUUCCGAGGGGCAUCUGGUGGCCUGGAACCGGGGCCUGCGGGUGCCCUUCGGGCGCUCGGUCUGGCUGGAUCCCUCGCGGGACCUGGUGCUGCGGGUGCCGCCGGGGGAGCGCUGCUGGGUGCAGGUGCUGGAGCCUUGGCGGGGCCCCGAGGGCCCUCCGCUGCCGGGCGCCUUGUCCCCCGGGCGCUUCCCUUGCGCCUUCGGGCCCCGGGAGGUGAGCUACACCCACUUCGGCUCCCGGAGCCCCGGCCGCCACCGCCUCCGCCUCCAGCUCCGCUGGCACUCGCCCAGCCGGACCGUGGUGCAGCCCUUCACCCUGGAGGCCCAGGUCCUGGCCCAGCAGCUCCGCCUGGUCCGCCGCAACCUGCCGCUGCUGGUGGAGAAGCUGGGCGGACGCAGCCCGCCUCUGGAGCCGGCUCUGCUGGCCCUGGAGGAGGGCGCCCCCCGCUGCCGCCUGACCGCGCGGCCGGAGCCCCGGGUGGCCCUGCCCGCCUACGGGGGCCUGAGGGACUCCCAGGGGCGCCCCCUGCCGGCCGGGUACAGCCUGGACUGCGCCGCCUUCCUGGCCUCCGGCAUCUACUACCAGCACACGGCCAGCAGCCCUUCGCCCGACAGGGACGCCAUCCCCAUGAAGGUCCAGGUGGGCGGCCCAGGCGAGGAGGAGGAGGAGGAGGAGGAGUACUUCCAGGUGGUGGUCCGCCUCCGCGAAGGGGCCCCCAACACGCCCCCCAAGCCCAGCUUCGUGGCCCUCCUCAUGAUGGAGGUGGACCAGUUUGUCCUGACCGCCCUCACCCCGGACCUCUUGGCCGCCGAGGACCUGGAGAGCCCCUCUGAUCUCCUGCUCUUCAACCUCACCUCACCUCCAGGGGGCGGCAGCAGUGAUGAAGGGUACCUCCUCAGCACCGAUGACCCCGGCCGGCCCCUCACGGCCUUCACCCAGAGAGAGGUGCGGGAGCUGAAAGUGGCCUACCAGCCCCCCGCCACAGACUCCGACCGGGAGCGCCUCUUCCAGCUGGAGAUGGAAGUCGUGGACCCCGAGGGGGCCGCCUCCGAGCCCUUCGCCUUCGUGGUGGUGGUCAAGCCCAUGAACACCUUGGCCCCUGUGGCCAUCUUCAACCGGGUGGCCGGUCCCCAGAUGACGCUCUUUGAAGGCCAGUCGAGGCCCCUCGGGGACAACCUCCGGAUCGGUGACGAGGACAACCUGGACGACGUGAAGGUGUGGGUCACCAGGGGCCUCAAACACGGAGAGCUCCGGGUGUUGGGUGCACCGCCCGGUCGCCAGUUUUUUACCCCGGUGGAGCUGGAAGCUGGACGGGUCGUCUACCAGCACGAUGGCAGCGAGCACAGUUACAGUGAUAACAUUAUCUUUCGGAUGGGGGACGGACGACACCAAGUGGAAUUUCUUUAUCCGAUCACUAUAGCCCCUGAGGAUGACCAACCGCCUCUCCUCAACGCCAACACUGGCUUGGUCCUCAGCGAGCACCAGGUGGUCCAGAUCUCCCCUUUCGUCCUCAGCGCUACGGACAUAGACUCUGACGACGCAGCCAUUCGAUUUGUACUGAAAGAGGUUGAAGGACCUCCAGAUUCAUCAAGCGAUCGACGUCUUGGUGUGCUUUUGCUGAGACAAGCAGAACUCCCAUCCUCUUAUGAGAAAGAUGAGGAGGACAUGGAGGGAGAUGGUGCUACUACAUCCACCUGGCACUUUCUGGAGAGUGAAGGUCUGUAUGAGAAGGAGGUGACCGAGUGGCUGCAACAAGAUAUCUUGGAUGGAAAGUUAUUCUACAGGCACAUGGGGCCUCAUAGCACCAGCCUAGUGAUGGACCAGUUCACGUUCUACCUCCAAGAUGAUAAUGACCCCCCAAAUCAAUCUGGAGAGCAGGUGUUCACCAUCAAGAUUCAGCCAGUAGAUAAUCUGCCUCCAGAAUUGUACCCAGGUACCACCUUGCAGAUGACCGUCCUUGAGUAUCAGAUCACCCACUUCAGGAAACAUUACCUGCGUUACACCGAUCUGGACACAGAUGACAGAGAGCUGAGAUACACUGUGCUGUCACCACCAACUGACACGGAUGAAAACCACCCUGUGGUGGCUGGAGAGAUUGUGUUGACUGACAAUCCUUUGGUGGCCAUUACACACUUCACACAAGCACAAAUAAAUCAUCAUAAGGUGGCCUAUAAGCCACCGGACCAAGAACUUGGCAUCACUCCAAGAGUGGUGCAGUUCACUUACAGUGUGGAAGACAGAGCGAGUAAUUCUGCACUAGGCAUCUUCACCUUCUUCUUGCAGCCGGUGGAUAACCAGCCCCCGCAGAUCACCAAUGCUGGUUUUACUGUGUUUGAAGGGGGUAGCUUCCUUCUGACCAGCACUCAGCUAGAUGCCACAGAUAAGGAUACAGAUACUGAUCGGAUUGUCUUCACCUUAAUGGAGGCACCGCAGCAUGGCCACCUGCGCUACUUGGAGGAAGGACUGAUGGUGCAAGGCGAAUCUUUCUUGUUAGAUGACAUUGCUAAUGGUCGCAUAUCCUACCAGCAUAGUGGUGAUGAAUUCACCAGUGAUUCCUUGCAGCUGGAAGUGAGUGAUGGGGUGCAUCAAGUUCCAAUCACUGUUAAGAUUGCUGUUCAGCCAGUGGAUGAUGAACGACCCAGCAUCACCAUCCCUGGCAGUGAUGGACUUUUGGGGGCCUUUAUUGAUGUGCUGGAAAAUAGUGUCACUGAAAUAACAACUUCUCUUAUUCAGGGGACAGAUGAGGAUACUGAUGAACUGGCACUGACUUUUAUUGUGGAGGAUCCCCCAAAAUUGGGUGAUAUCUUAGUGGAUGGGGUACCUGCUAAGAAGUUCACCCAGCAAGAUCUUAUUAGUGGAACAGUAGUUUAUGCUCACAAUGGUGGUGAGAUUGGUUUGAAGAAGCUGUCUGAUUCCUUUAAUCUUACUAUCUCGGACCUCUCCAGUGAGUGGGUGGUGGGAGGCAGCACUGUGGAAGGAGUGCGUGUAACUGUGACCAUUUUGCCAGUGGACAAUAUUGCUCCUGAGGUUAUGGUGGGGGAAGAACCAUUUACUGUUUAUGAGGGAGGGAAAAAUGUGUUAAACUUAAAUUUGCUGGAUGUAGAGGAUGUAGAUACUCCCAGGGAUGAUGUCUUGUGUACCAUCGUAGUACAGUCCACCUCUGGGUACCUGGAGAAUAUCUCUCCAGCCCCUGGAUCAGAAAAAUCCAGGGCUGGGACUGCCAUAAGUGCAUUUUCCAUCAAAGAUGUUCGUCUUGGGCACAUCAAUUAUGUGCAGAGCAUUCAUAAAGGAGUAGAACCGGUAGAAGAUAGAUUCACUUUCCACUGCUCUGAUGGCAUCAACUUCUCACCACACCAGUUCUUUCCCGUUGUCAUUAUCCCAACCAAUGAUGAGAAACCAGACUUACAUGUACGUGAGUUUGUGGUAUUAGAGGGGAUGAGCUUGGUGAUUGACACUCCCAUUCUCAAUGGUGUUGAUGCUGAUAUACCCCCAGAUGAGUUGCGCUUCUUUGUAACUGUUCCUCCAAAACAUGGACAGAUUGUUAAUCAGCUGCCCACUGGCACAGUGUCAGUACACAAUUUCACUCUGGAAGAAAUCCAGGAAGCCUCCAGCAUUGUGUAUGAGCACAAUGACUCAGAAACUAAAGAGGAUAGUUUCAGAAUCCAGUUGACUGAUGGUCUGCACAUAGUGGAGCAAGAAGUUUUAAUUAUGGUCAUUUUGGUAGAUGAUGAGACACCUAGAUUAGCUAUCAAUGAUGGAUUAGAUGUGGAAAUAGGUGAGUCCAAAAUUAUCACUAACCGGGAACUCAAGGCUACUGAUAUAGAUUCAGAGGACAAGUCACUCAUGUAUGUUAUUCGUUUGGUACCCAGACACGGACUUCUGCAGCAUAUGAACAAAGAAGGAGAACUGUUAGGCAAUAUCACACUGGGCAUGAAUUUCACACAGAAUGACAUAGAUCAGGGUUGUAUCCGCUAUGUUCAUACAGGCCAUCAGGGAGUCCGUGACUUGGUUAAGUUUGAUGUCACAGAUGGCAUGAAUCCUUUGAUAGACAGGUAUUUUUAUAUUACCAUCAGUGGUAUUGAUAUGGUCUUUCCCGAGGUGAUCAAUAAAGGAGUGACUUUGAAAGAAGGUGGAAAAGUGACACUCACUACUGACCUGCUGAGCACAAGUGACAUUAACAGCCCGGAUGAGCUUCUCCAGUUCAGUAUCACUCGAGCUCCAAGCAGAGGCCAUUUGGAGAACUCUGACCACCCUGGAGUUCCUGUAGUUACCUUCACCCAGCUUCAGCUAGCUGGUAACAAGAUUUAUUACAUCCACACUGCAGAGGAUGAAGUGAAGAUGGAUAGUUUUGAGUUUGAAGUGACAGAUGGCUAUAAUCCAGUCUUCCGUACCUUUAGGGUCUCAAUUACUGAUGUAGACAAUAAAAAGCCAAUUCUCACCAUCCAUGACCUAGCUAUUCAGGAAGGGGAAACCAAACUGAUCACCCCAUUUGAGCUGAAUGUUGAAGAUCGGGACACACCUGACCGUUUCCUCCGCUUCGUAAUAACACAAGUCCCAGUACAUGGCCAGAUAAUUUACAAUAACAGUUACUCUGUAACCAGUUUUACUAAGCAAGAUCUGAAUGAGAACAUGAUCAACUAUAGGCAUGAUGGCACAGAAACUACUCAAGACAGCUUUUCUUUCACUGUGACUGAUGGAACUCAUUCAGAUUUCUAUGUUUUCCCUGAUACUGUCCUUGAAACACAUCACCCACAGACAAUGAAGAUCCAGAUCAAUUCUCUGGACAAUGGUGUGCCACAGAUAGUAGUGAAUAAGGGUGCCUCAACUUUGAGAAGCAUUCCAACCGGGCACUUAGGCUUCUUAAUUACCAGCAAGUAUCUGAAGGCAGAAGACAGAGACAGUCCACACAAACUGUUGAAGUUCAAGAUUACAGAUGUGCCAAGGCAUGGGCUUCUUAUUAAUACCGCCCAAGGAAAUGGAAGUGUUAAAGCCUUCACACAAGCUGAUAUUGAUGACAUGAAGAUCUGCUAUGUCUUGAGGGAAGGUGAAAAUGCAACUAGUGAUAUCUUCUACUUCUCAGUUGAAGACAAUGGAGGAAACAAGCUGAAGAGCCAGCCUUUCCGUUUGAACUGGGCAUGGAUUUCUUUGGAAAAAGAAUAUUAUAUUGUAGAUGAAGAUACCAGGGUUCUGGAGGUAACUCUCAAGCGCAGAGGAUUUCUGGGGGAAACAUCAUUUAUUAGCAUUGGGACGAAAGAUGGCACAGCAGAAAAGGAUAAAGAUUUCAAAGGGAAAGCCCAGAAACAGGUUCAGUUCAACCCAGGACAAACCACGGCAACCUGGCGAGUAAGGAUAAUCGUAGAUAAUGAAUAUGAGGAGUCAGAGGUUUUCCAGAUUAUUCUAUCAGAACCUGUUAUGGCUGCCCUGGAAUUUCCAGAUAGGGCAACAGUGGAAAUUGUGGAUCCGGGUGAUGAAUCUACUGUGUAUAUUCCUGGGUCAGAGUACAGAAUAGAAGAAGAUGUUGGUGAGCUGCUAAUACCUGUCAGACGACUGGGAGAUGUUAGCCAUGAGCUAAUGGUCAUAUGUUCCACACAUCAAGGAUCUGCCACUGGCACAAUUCCUUCCACUGUCUUGUCUUACUCUGACUAUAUUUCUCGUCCAGAAGAUCACACAAGCCUCCUUCGCUUUGAUAAGGAUGAGACAGAGAAGAACUGCCGUGUCAUCAUUAUUGAUGAUUCACUUUAUGAGGAAGAUGAAACUUUCAAUGUUACAUUAAGUAUGCCAAUGGGUGGGCAAAUUGGAACAGAAUUCCCCACCACCAAAGUAAUCAUUUUAGCUGACACAGAUGAUGAGCCUGCUUUCUACUUUGGUGACACUGAAUAUCAUGUGGGUGAAAGUGCUGGUUAUGUGGAAGUUCGUGUUUGGAGAACUGGAACAGACUUGUCCAAAGCAGCCACUGUCACAGUGCGUUCCAGGAAAACAGAACCAAUGUCUGCAGAAGCUGGAGUUGAUUAUGUUGGCAUCAGCAGAAACCUGGAUUUUGCUCCUGGUGUUAAUAUGCAGACUUUCCGUGUGACCAUCUUGGAUGAUUUGGGACAGCCUGUCCUUGAGGGUCCAGAAAAAUUUGAACUCGUUCUUCGUAUGCCUAUGAAUGCAGUGCUUGGAGAGCCAAGCAAAACUACCAUCUUUAUCAAUGAUACCAUCACAGACUUACCCAGAGUCCAAUUUAAGGAGUCACUCUACACAGUGAAUGAAAAGGAUGGGGAAGUGGCAGCUAUCAUUUACCGUAGUGGUGAUGUUAAUCAUAAAUCAACAGUCCGCUGCUACACUCGCCAGGGCUCUGCUCAGGUUAUGAUGGACUAUGAAGAGAGACCAAACACAGAUGACUCUGUAGUGGUGUUCCUUCCAGGAGAGAUUGAAAAGUCCUGUAAAGUGGUCUUGGAAGAUGAUGCUAUCUAUGAAGAGGAGGAAGAGUUCAGGCUAGUACUUGGAACGCCAAAGAGUACUUCUGCAUUUGGUGCUUCUGUUGGGGAGCAAAAGGAAACUUUGGUGAAGAUUAAAGAUGAAGAAGACAAACCAGUGAUUAAAUUCUCCGAAAUCAAAUAUAGCAUUCAAGAACCUGAAGCGCCUGGUGAGGUUGCAGUUGUAAAGAUCCCUGUCUUACGUCUUGGGGACAGUUCUAAAGUUUCCAUUGUAAGAAUCCACACUAAAGAUGGCUCAGCUACCUCUGGAGAAGACUAUAAUCCAAUGUCUGAUGAUAUUGAAUUCAAAGAAGGGGAAACAGAGCACUUUGUUGAGGUUGAAGUAUUAUAUGAUGGGGUGAGAGAAAUGCGUGAAGCAUUUACAGUACACUUGAAACCUGAUGAGAAUAUGGUAGCAGAGACACAGCUGAACAAAGCCAUUGUGUACAUUGAAGAAAUGGACAGUGUGGCAGAUGUGACUUUUCCAGCUGUGCCCCAGGUCGUGUCUCUUCUGUUGUAUGAUGAUACUGCUAAAAGCAAAGGAAACCCACAGCCUCCAACAGGCUAUCCUGUUGUGUGUGUAACGGCAUGCAACCCCAAAUAUUCAGAUUAUGACAAGACCGGGUCUAUUUGUGCUGCUGAAAACAUCAAUGACACCUUGACUUUGUAUCGCUGGCUGAUCAGUGCUCCAAGUGGCUCAGAUGGUGUUACCAGCCCAAUGCGUGAGGUGGACUCCAACACUUUCUUCACCAACACCAAGUCAAUUGCCUUGGACUCUAUAUACUACCAGGCUGGUUCAAGGGUUCAGUGUGCGGCACGUGCUGUCAAUGCCAAUGGAGAUGUGGGUUUAGAAUUGCUAAGUCCAAUUUACACAAUAAACCGAGAUGAAGGCUUGUGUCAGCCACGUAUACCAGGAACAGUAGGAGCAGAGCCUUUCUCAGCCAAAAUACGUUAUACAGGUCCUGAUGAUCCUGACUAUCCCAAUUUGAUCAAAUUAACAAUUACAAUGCCUCAUAUGGAUGGGAUGCUCCCAGUUGUCUCAACACGACCUUUGUCCAACUUUGAGCUGACCCUUAGUCCUGAUGGCACUCGUGUAGGCAAUCACAAAUGCUCCAACCUCUUGGAUUAUAAUGAGAUUGAGACAAAAUAUGGAUUCAUCACAGAUAAUGUCAAGAACCCAGAAGUCAUUGGGGAAACCUCACCAUACCAGUAUAGCAGUGCUGUGCGCUCUGCUAAGACUUUGCGCUUUUACCGUAAUCUCAAUUUGGAUGCCUGCCUAUGGGAGUUUGACAGCUAUUAUGACAUGUCAGAACUGCUGACAGACUGCAGUGGCUCCAUUGGCACAGAUGGUCAGGUGUUGAAUCUGGUUCAGUCGUAUGUGACUCUGCGUGUGCCCCUCUAUGUCUCCUAUGUCUUCCAUUCACCUGCUGCUAUUGGGGGCUGGCAACACUUUGAUCUGCAAUCCGAACUGAAGCUCACCUUUGUGUAUGAUACUGCCAUCCUAUGGAAGGAUGGCAUUGGAAGCCCACCAGAAGCAGAGUUACAAGGCUCUCUUUACCCAACCAGCAUGCAGAUCAAUGAAGAAGGACGAUUGGUAGUCUAUUUCAGGACUGAAAUCCGAUUCAGAGGGCAAUUUGUAAUGUCCCACCCAGGAACAUCUCUGUCAUCCAUGGUAAUGUCUGCUGAUCACCCUGGCCUUACAUUCACUCUCAGCCUUUCACAAAGUGAGCAGACCUUCCACCAGCCUAUGCAGCAAUGGAAAUUUGUCUCAGAUUUUGCUGUACGUGACUAUUCUGGUACUUACACUGUGAAACUUAUCCCCUGUAUUGCCGCACCCAGCCAGGAAUAUACCCAGCCUGUCAUCUGUAGCCCACGGGAGCCAAUCACCUUUGAUCUAGAUAUCAGGUUCCAGCAGGUCAGUGACCCAGUAGCAGCAGAAUUUAAUCUCAACACCCAAAUGUUCCUCUUGUCGAAAAAGGACCUCUGGCUGUCUGAUGGCUCCAUGGGAUUUGGAGAAGGAACUGAUGUUGCAUUCACAGAAGGCUCUGAAAUCUAUGGUCGAGUCAUGGUGGAUCCUGUCCAGAAUUUAGGAGACUCUUUCAUUUGUAACAUUGAGAAGGUGUUUUUGUGCACUGGGGCUGAUGGAUAUGUCCCAAAGUACAAUCCAGAUAACAAAGAAUAUGGUUGCCUAGCUGACUCUCCUUCCUUAUUGUACAGAUUCAAGAUUUUGGAUAAAGCUCAACCUGAUACUCAGGCGAAAGUAUUUGGAAGUAUGCCCUUUAAAGCCAAACUAGCAGUUGAUCAUGUAGAUGGUUAUCCUUUAGUAAAGCAACCUGGUUCUGAUGGAUUCAGCCUGUUGUCAACACCACUAUUCCAGGUAGCAGCAGGUCGAGAGUGGUACAUUCACACUAUCUAUAUGGUUCGAUCACAUGAGAAUGCCCACAGAGGCCUUGGAAAGAGAAGUGUUGAGCACCACAAUAUUUUAUCUUCAGCUAAUAGAAUUUCUGGCGAUGUGCAUGUUGGACGCACUCGGAGAGCCAUCUCAGAUACUCCUGCUCUUGCACAAGAUAUCGGUGUAGACAAGAACAGAGGCACAAACAUCCAACAUAUAGCACUUGACCGAUCUAACAAAAUUGUUAUCAAGCAGAAAGAUAAGUCCCAAGAAGGUAAGGCUUAUGAAAAGCCAAUCUUGGAAAUCACAGGAAGUGAGGUGGAAGACAGGAUUGUACCCAUUAUCGGAGGUGCAGCUGGUCUGCUGCUUCUGUGCUGCACUGUUAUGAUUAUUGUCUUUCUUCUGAAGCGACGGGGACGUUCUGCUGAUGGGAAAGCAGAUUCAUGCAUCAACUAUUCUAACAGCAACGAAACUGUAACCACACAACACAGCAACAGUGACAGCUCUGAAGUCUAAUUGUAUUGCAAAGGUGAGGGUUACCUUUUGAAGAUACUCCAUUUCAUCACAGAAACUACUAUUGUGGGGGCUGAAUUUGCACAGACUUGAAACUGGCAGCUGAAGUUUCGAUGCUAGGUUGUGUGUGAUUCCAGCAUAUGAAAAGUAUAGCAAAUAAGAUGAAGUAUAUAGGAGUAUGAGUGGCUUAUUUAUGACUCUCCCUUCUCCCCUAGGAGCACAGAAAAAGCUCCUGGAGUAAAUGUUCAUUAAAUCAAGGGGUUUUCUCCCUGAAAUGGUGCUCAAAAAACAUCAUCAGCUAGCAGCUAUAAAUGUGCCUUAUCUACCAUCAUUAAAGCCUGGUGCUCUUCAAAAGAAUAUUGAUUUUUUUUCUUUUGUCUUGUAUAGUGUCUAGAAUUAUAUGCUUUUUGUAUAUGAAAAAGUGGGGGUGUAAGGAAUUGAGAAGGGUCAGAUUAUAACCAGAUAGAGUAGACAUAUUUGUAAUGAGAUCUCAAAAUAGAAUUGUAUUGUCUGUGUGGAUGAGAGAAAUACUGCACUGGAAAAAUGCUAAGCUUAUUUAAAGAGUAUUUCUUGAGUGUUUUAACUACAGGUAUUAGGAAUGUAUCUUAAUAGACAACUCAAAGGCUCCUGUACUGUCUAUUGUGCCUUUCAUAAGUCUAAUAAUUGUUACAUAUCCCUUGCUUUUGUCUAUGUUCAGUUAGUAAAGUUUGCUUCUUUUGCUUUCUUUUAUUUCAGACACAUAUGUUAGGGGAGAUUGGCAAAUACUGUAAGAUAUUGUGAAUAACAUAAAGACACUGAUUUCCUGUAAUUUGUUUUCUGACACUGAGUAUUUUGGGUCAUAUAAACAUUUCUUAUACAGCUAAACAGCCAUAGUAGAUUCUAAGCUCAGUGAACUUGGAAUCAUUACUACCAAAUACUUGGAAGAGAAACACUUUUAUAAAGGGGCCCUUAUCAGUAGCAUGAGGAAGCUAAACUUCACAGGCAUCUUUCUAUACAGUGCUGUUUGUGUGAAAUGGUAGCAUGCAGUUCAAAGUGUUUCUAUUUAUGCCAGGUAACCCAUUUCCUUGAAAGCAUUUAUCUUCAUCUUUUUCAAGCAGUGCUUUAUACUAGUUUGCAUCUUUAAUUCAAGCCAUAUAAAAUUUACAUUAAGAUUUCUUCAUAUUCAUUUAGAUGUUUUUGUGAACUUUCUGAGCUAUGGCUAUUUUUUCCCAGCCAUAGACAGGGUUUUGGAAGUACAAUCAAAAGGAAAUCAACUCAUUUGAGAUGUGGUGUUGGAGAUACCAUAGACAGCCAGAAAGACAAACAGAUGGGUCCUUGAGCAAAUCAUACCAGUAAUACCCAUGGAGGCCAAUAUGAUUAAAUUGAGGCUCUUGUACUUUGGCCACAUCAUGAGAAGGCAGGACUCAUUGUAAAAGACAGUAAUGCUGGGAAAGGUUGAAAGUAGGAGAGAGACCGCACACCGGAUGGUUAGAUUCAAUUAGGGAGGACAGAGGCAUGAAUCUGCAGGAAAUGAGCAGAGCAGUGAAGGACAGGGAGACUUGGAGAUGUCUCAUUCACAGGGUUGCCAUGAGUCGAAGGCUGCUAACAACAAAUUUGAUUGCCUGAGUGGAUCUUCCACAUUGUUCCAGUUGUGAUUUCUUUAAAACAGGGGUAGAAGGUUAGGGAAGUUGCAUUAAUCCUGUAGGAGACACUGGAAAGCCACACCUGUUCCUACCCCCAACCCCAAAUGCCUUUAAGGUUUAUGUGAUCAUUUUCAUCUUGUAUGGGGUUUUUUAAAAGGGCCUCUUCUGGGCCUAACCUGGCCCAGAAGACCUGCAGAAUAUGAUAAAAAUGCACCCCUUGUCUGUCUCUUCAUGGACAUUUUGAAGCUAUGAAAUUUUUUUGUAAAUUCUUUUUGAUUCCAAGACCCAAGAGGCACUCAAACAUGAUAGAAAUGCCUUACACACAGCCUAGAGUGCAUUUGGGGGGCAUUCUGGAAAUGGCCUUGGGGCCACAUGCAACCCAUGGGCCACACUCUGCCCACCCCUGCUUUAAAUAACAUCUGCGUGCCUUCACUUGUUCAACUUUCCAUUAUGGCCCAUGUCAGGGAUCACUUUGUCUACCUCCAAUAGUCAUGUCGCAGGAUACUAGUUUACAUUAUUUCCUUUAAAUUACACAUGCCCCUCCACAUUUGCAGCUUUGACUUUUGCAAAUUUGAUUAUCCAUGGGUUUUAUUAAUAUAUUCUCUCUAGGGAUAUCUAGGUCUUCAAGCACAACUCUGUAGUAAACUUUAACCAAAGGUCGCACCAAAAGAACACUCCACUAAGCAUUUGUAGCUUACCCAGUGCAAUUCUGUAGU